CCGCAGUUCGUGACCUCAUCCGAGAGUACCACGACGUUUUCCCAUCGUCAAUCUCGUACGCCGGCAUCCCACCGAUGCGUGACGUCGAGCACUUCAUUCAGCUUGUGCCUGACUAUCGUGUUCACCACCAGGCACCCUACCGACUCUCGAUUCCCGAGGCCACCGAACUCAAGCGUCAGUUUGAAGAGCUCCUGAAACUGGGUUUCAUUAAACCCAGCAACUCCCCGUGGGGUGCACCCGUCCUCUUUGCUCGCAAAGCGGAUGAAACUCUCCGUCUCUGCAUCGACUAUCGCGGUCUCAACCGCUACACGGUUAAGAACAGCUACUCCAUGCCUCGUUCCGAUGAGCUGUUCGACCGCCUAGCAGGCAACCGCUUCUUUACGAGGAUUGAUCUUCGUAGCGGUUACCAUCAGAUCCGCGUCGCUGCAGCCGACCAGCCGAAGACAGCGUUCCGAUCGCGCUUCAGCCACUACGAGUUUACGGUGAUGUCAUUUGGCCUCACCAAUGCACCCGCCACCUUCCAGAGGGCGAUGAACGACAUCUUCAGGGACAUCCUGGAGCAGUACGUUCUCGUCUACCUCGACGAUAUCCUGGUCUACAGUCGUACCCUUGAGGAGCACCUCAGACACCUCCGCGACGUCCUUGACCGCUUGCGCAGACAUGGCUUCUACGCCAAGCUGAGUAAGUGCCGCUUUGCCCAGCAGAAAGUGGAUUUUUUAGGACACUAUGUGUCUGACCUGGGUCUCUACAUGGACGACGUGAAGAUCACUGCUAGUGCGGAGUGGCCCGCCCCCACAUCCGCCAAGCAGCUUCGCAGCUUCCUAGACCUGACCAGCUACUAUAGUAACUUCAUCUGGGGCUACGCUAGGUAUUCCUACGUCCUUACCUCCACCCUCCUCCGGAAGAACCCACCCUGGGCUUGGACACCCCUCCACGAGGACGCCUUCCUCGCCCUCAAGAAGGCGGUGACAUGCGCACCGGUUCUUCACCUACCCGAUUUUGAUCGCCCUUUUAUCCUUACCACCAAUGCGUCAGACUUUGCUGUCGGAGCAGUGCUUUCUCAGGUCUUCCCCUCCUCUCCUGAUUCCUCUCAUCCUCGUAUCCCUCGCUUCCCAYCACCUACCCCUACCACUGCUUCCCGACUGACGCCUACUCRUCCAGCUACUGACGAGCCYUCUAUUGACUAUUCUCCUACCAUCGCCGAGGACGGCACUGUCGAGUCUCGCUCAAGUGAUUGUCCGAUAGCCUUCUACACCCGUCAGCUCCUGCCCGCCGAGAUAAACUACACAGCUGAUGAACGUAAGGUUCUCGCAGUAGUUUAUGCCGCUCGACACUGGCGGCACUACCUGCACGGGGCACCAUUCACAGUGCGCACGGACAACUCUGCUGUCCAGGCUUUUCUGACUAAGCCGAAGCUCACUCCUCGACAGGCUCGCUGGUGGCGCGACCUAUCCGAGUUUAGUUUUACCACUCAGCACAUCAAGGGUGAGACUAAUCGGGUCGCAGAUGCCCUAUCCCGGCGCCCUGACCACGACCAGGAGCAGAUCCAGCUCUCUUCCAUCUCGGUCACCACCGUCCACCACUCGGUGAUCGACGAGUUUCGCACUCAGUACCUCCACUGCCCCGACUAUCGCGACAUCCACGCGACCCUUCGGAGUGGCAAGACCGUCCCGAACUACUCUCUCGGGGACAACGGUCUCGUGUACUGGCACGGUUCACAGGGCACUAGAGAGCUCCGUAUUUGCGUUCCCUCCACUGGACAGCUACGUGUCCGAGCAGUAGCAGAGUUUCAUGACCAGGCAGCCGCCAGUCAUAUGGGCUUCCACAAGACGUUGGCUCGUGUGAGCCGUCUGUACGUCUGGCCGAAGCGCAAGGACUUUGUGAAGGACUACGUCGCAGAGUGUCCCACCUGUCAGGAGUCCAUCUUGAUGGACUUUAUCGGUCCUCUUCGACCUCCGACCCCUCGCGGUCAUGAUGCUAUCUUGGUCGUCGUCGACCGCUUCACAAAGAGUGCACAGUCUGUUCCGUGCCGCUAUGCCAUCAGUGCACGUGAGGUCGCCGACAUCGUAUUUGACCGAGUCGUGCGUGACCACGGCUUACCUCUGAGCAUCAUAUCUGACCAUGACCCACGCUUUACCAGCCGAUUCUGGCGACGGCUCCACGAGGUGUACGGCACUCAGCUCCGCUUCUCCUCGUCUUACCAUCCUCAGACUGAUGGUCAGACCGAGAUCACGAACAGGACUCUCGGAGAUAUUCUCCGAAAGAUUGUUCGUGACAACCAGCAGUGGGACCUUCAUCUUGCCUACGCGGAGAUAGCCUACAACCACGCCGUCUCGCCAGCCACGGGGAUGUCGCCUUACUAUUGCGACCUCGGCUAUCACCCUCGUGUUCCUGCGGACUUUCUUCGACCGUCACAGAUGCACCCCGACACGAGUUGUCCCGCGCAGGAUGAUUGGGUUGCACACAUGACGUCGAUCAUGAAGACCGCACAUGAGCACAUAGCCGCUUCCCAGACUCGCAUGGCAGCACGUGCGAACCGAUCGAGGAUGGACCAUCCAUUCAAAGUCGGUGAUGAUGUGCUUAUCGACGCCCGCCACUUACAGCUCAAAGCGGACAUGCUUCGCAAGUUUCGGCGUCGCUUCUUUGGCCCAUGCCGCAUCCUCCGGGCCGUUGGUUCUGAUACGGCAUCUAGCCCGGUCAACUUUCGUGUGAAGCUGCCCGACUACCUACGCCAGGCUCGUGUGCAUGAUGUCUACCACGUCUCGUUACUGCGUCCUUACCGCAGACCGUCUGAGCGUUUCACUGGAUGACCAUACGAGCGCCCUCCACCCCUCAUGGUGGACGGCCACGAGGAGUUCUUCGUUUCAGACAUCAUUGGUCACCGAGUCAC